AUGUCGACGACUCGUUCUGAUACGAAUUACGAGAGGAGCAGCCCGAGUUACCAGGAGAAGUCUGCGGAGAGCAAGUAUGAGACGGUCGACCCCGAGAUUGACCUCCUGGCGUUCUAUGAGGAUAGGGCUGGGCGGCUCGUUGUGGAUCCCGAAGAAGCGCGGAUCGAAUUAGGCGAUGCUGUCGCGUCGAGGCUGAAACUUACCAAGGAUGGGACGAAGGUGCUCUGGCCACAGCCUACGGAUGACCCAGAGGACCCACAGAACUGGAGUGAUCGAAGGAAGGCCCUCCAGCUCUUCAUCAUCACUCUGGCAGCAAUUGUGCCGGAUUUUGAUUCCGGCGUAGGCAUCGCUGCGAUCUUUGCCUUGGCUGAGGAAUAUCAUACCACGACGGGUGUGAUAAACAAUCUCACCUCAAACUGGAGUAUAUUCUUGUUAGGGUGGGGCGGUAUCUUCGCCGUCAUGCUCAUGCGCCGCUUCGGAAGACUGCCAAUUCUUUUCUGGUCACAAGUUUUAGCCUUGGGCUUCUUGGUCGGUUGCACCUUCGCGCCCAAUCUGAAGACCUUCGCUGCGAUGCGCUGCUUGACUGCUUUCUUCGCGACAUGUCCACAAGUUACAGGUCUUUACAUCGUCACGGAUAUGUUCCCGUUCCAUCUGCAAGCUCGCAAGCUCAACAUCUGGACCAUGGGCUUCAUCGUGUCUCCCUUUGUGUCUCCGUUCGCUUUCGGGUUCCUGGUUGCCAGAGCGAACUGGAGAUGGUCGUACGGGAUUGCGUGUAUGUACGGCGCAGUCGUGGUUGCCCUCAUCGCACUUUUUGGUGAAGAGACAAUGUACGACCGUUCGAUUAAACCCGUGCCACCCCGCCCGAGCUCGGGAUUGCGCUACCGGGUUGAAACCUUGCUCGGGAUGAUGGGCCUCAAGAUGGCGAAGUACCGGCCCACCGUCAUGAGCGGUCUCGUGAGCCACAUCAACGUACUGUGGCGGCCGCAUCUGUUGGGCAUCCUGCUGUUCGAGGCUAUGCUCUUCGGAUUCAGUAUAGGCAUCAAUGUAACCAUGGCGGUCUUCCUCGGCACGCCGCCGCCUGUCGGGUUUGGCUGGAGUCAGUAUGCUAUCGCCGGGAGCUACGGGACCCCGAUCGUCGCGGUUCUAAUUGGUGAGCUCACGGGCCGCUACGCGAACGACUGGAUUCAAAGCUGGUCUAUUCGACGGAAUAAGGGUGUAUUCGAAGCUGAGAGCCGGUUGUGGGCAUGUUAUAUCGCGAUACCCCUUUACAUUUGUGGAUUCGUGCUCCUCGGAGCGGCUGUGGAGAACCAUUUAUCUCCCGGCGCCGUGGUGAUGGGGUGGGGGAUCGCCGAGGUGGCUGUCAUGAUCAACACAGUCGCCGUCUACGCGUAUUGCAAUGACUGCUUCCCUAAGAACCACGGGGAGAUCAGCUCGUUGAUCAACUUGACGAGGACGCUCGGCGGGUUCAGCGUAGCGUACUUCCAGGUGCCCUGGGCCGAGAGGCAUGGCGCGCUGCAGGUGUUUGGGUGCGAAGCUGCUAUCGUAGUUGCUCUGUUCCUCUUCAUUGUACCUACGCUGCAAGUGAAGGGGUCUCGCCUGAGGGAACGCUUUUCGAUUUAGAAUUGCGAAGAGGAUCCAUUGCGCCACAGCGCGCCGGUGUAUUUGUAUUGCAUGUUGCGAUUAUCGACGAUCUGUUAUGUGACUCCUCUGGUGGUGUCCUAAUUCGCAGG